CACCCUAUUACUCUCCGGAUAGGCAAGCGGAUAGGCGAUUCUACUCGGUUUGUCCCAAAAAAAGACUAAUGGAAGGUCGGCGCGAUGCCGCCGGCGGAGAGACUGGAACGAGCUCAAGCACGCCGGGCUCGUCGGAGCGGAGAUUCCCGCCGGCGGCCCAGCCUGAGAUCAUGAGAGCAGCGGAGAAGGACGACCAAUAUGCCGCCUUUGUCCACGAUGCAUGCCGUGAUGCUUUCCGUCACCUCUUUGGAACGAGGGUAGUUGUAACUUUCCAAAGCGAGGUUAGUUCUCGUCUUAUGUCAAUUAAUGUGUUCGCUAAUAAGCAUAAAAUAAAGCUUUUAGGUCAGACAUUGUAUUAUCUACUGACAACAGGUGCAGGGCAGCAGACAUUAGGAGAAGAAUAUUGUGAUCUUUCUCAGGUUGCAGACUCAUAUGGGCUCCCACCAACACCUGCAAGACGUAUAGUUUUCAUCUUCUACCAAACGGUUGUUCCUUAUCUCGCAGAAAGACUUAGCUCUAGAAUGACCGCUCAUGGUAUGACCAUGGAUGAUUUUCAGUUUGGGGAACUUCAUGAAAGCAAUUAUUUGAGAAGGAAUCAAGCACAACCUUCUAGUAGUGGAAGCUCAUCAUCAAGAGGACUGCCUACAUCUGCCAUUUCAAAGAUGAAAGAAAAGUUUGUUGGUUUAUGGUUUUGGGCAGUUCAGAAAUGGCCUAUGGUGCUUCCAUUUGCUCGAGAAGCUGCUCAGUUGGCUCUGCGAGCAAACCUCAUGUUUUUCUAUUUUGAAGGUUUGUAUUAUCAUAUAUCAAAGCGUGCAGCAGGCAUUCGAUAUGUAUUUAUUGGGAAGCCAUCGAAUCAAAGACUGCGAUAUCAAAUCCUAGGCAUUUUCCUCUUGGUCCAGCUUUGUAUUCUUGCUGCUGAAGGAUUACGAAGAAGCAAUUUUUCUUCAAUUGCUAGUUCUGUUCACCCGUCUUCUCUUGGAGGUCAUCAGUCUUCUACAGGGCGAGGAUUGCCUGUUCUGAAUGAAGAUGGAAACCUGAUCACUGAUGCUGCUAUUAAAAAAAGUAGCCUGGGCUCUGAUUCUUUGACUACAGAGUCUCAAGUACCGGUGAGCAUUAGCAAAUGCACUCUCUGCCUAAGUACUCGCCAACAUCCUACGGCCACUACUUGUGGUCAUGUUUUUUGCUGGAAUUGUAUCAUGGAAUGGUGUAAUGAGAAGCCUGAAUGUCCUCUCUGCCGCACUCCCAUCACUCAUUCCAGCUUGGUUUGCAUAUACCAUUCUGAUUUCUAACACUUUGCAGUCACCUUUUUUGUCAUUUUGAGAAAUCUUGUAAUUAUUUGGAUUGAUUUUCAUUACGAAAACAUAUUGGAUGUUGCUAUGCACGUCAGUGAAAUCUGUUCUCACUGCCAAUUUGUACAAGAUUUCCUGUAUCGUAAUCUGUCUGUAUUAUCAGAAUAAAUUAUUUUAUAUGGUCGGUGUUCUUUGCACCAUCAUACUACUACUAAGAAAUUAUUGUCCGAACGUGUUCGGAGGCGAAUCUGAGCAAGUUCAGCUGAGGUUUUUGUGUAAGCUCUUCUGACCCCGUUUGGGCCAAGCCAGUUUUAUUGAUAAAAAAAAAUAAUGUUUAUAUUCAUCAAGUAAA